AGAAUGUGGUGGAAACAUGACUGCAGAUAAGGGCAAAUUCUCAUCUCCAGGAUUUCCGAAAAAUUCUCGUGCAUCUGUCACUUGUAUCUGGAUUGUGACAGUCCCUAAGCCCAAGGGGUCGAUACUUCCUAGCAUAGUUGUACUGAAUGUUAAUGGAACUCAACUGAAGGGUCAAACUAAAAGCAACUACAUAGAGAUAUAUGAUGGCCCAAAUGUGCGCUCACCAUUGGUUAAUAUCUCAACAUUUAAAUCAGAGAAAACAACAUUCGAGAGCAGGAGCCAAAACAUUGUGAUCAAGUAUGUUAACGGAAAGAACAAGGGUUUCCCGUUUCAGAUGUCCUAUUCAACUCAUAAUUGUAGCAGUAAUGAACUGUGUAACAACGGCAUUUGUUUGCAUGAAUCAUGGCGGUGCGAUGGAAUUGACCAGUGUGGGGAUAACACAGAUGAACAAAACUGUAACAGUGGGUUAGUUACUAAGAAAACUCUUGGCUGGUCAGUUUUCGGUGGUAUGCUUGCAGUUGUGGUUGUUGUGGUCUUGGCGAUUGUAUUCCUCAGGUACAAACGUGGCAAGUCUUACGGGCGUCUUGAUGACUCCACUAUUAAUACCUAAGUCAUUUCCAUGGAGAACAAGCAUCCUAAAAAAGAAAUGAUUCAUUUGUUUGCAGAUUAUUACCCCGGUAUUCUUAAAACAAACUUUUUAGUUGUAGUUUGCUAAAACUUCAAAAUUACGUAGUUUUGUAUUCUUAACACAAACUUCGACUAGCACUAUGACUAAAUCACACAAACCUUGACUAAAAUACCUAAGCAGGCCAAUAUUUUUAGUCAGCCUAGGGUGAGGCUAAAUUGCCAACAUUAAAUAUUAACUUCCACUAAAAACAUGCUUUUAAUGUAACUCAUGAUAAAGUGAAACAAAUAAAAAUGAAUGUGAAAGUAGGUCCAAUGUAUAUUCGAUGUGCUCAACAAAACAGAUACGAAGUUCAGCUUCCAAAAGGCAAAAUUAACAUGUUUUGCUAGCCACAUGUGAUAGUUCUUGAUUUUGCAAGAAAUCCCCUUUUGUUGCGGUCAAGUAGCUUUACACCGUAACAGCAACAAAGAUGGUGCCGCCCUCGAUUGGCGUAUAUUAGUUCUCCUAAUAAAGCAAUUUUUCAGUGACUGAUAAAAUUUGCUAUCAUUAUGUUAACAACUAUAUGGUUAUUAUUAUAGAAAAUUAAUUGAGCGAAUGAUGGUCUAAUAUGAAUUUGAGGAAAUAUGUUGUUUUUGAACAAUAGACUGCAGCUUAAUAUUCAUCCGCAUUACGUGAUAUCAAAAUUUUGUCUGCUAUUAAAAUGAGCUCUUUUCAUUGGAUAGUUUGAUAGUCAUUGUUUGCCAGCCGUCUUCAGUUGAACUAAAACUAGGACUUGAUUUAGUCGUAAUUAGAACUUCGACUAUGGUGUUUAUGAAUAGAAGUUGAAAUUAGGACUAAAUGAAGUUCUAGUUCAAAGUUUGACUAAAGCUUGUUUUAAGAAUUUCUAGAUUAGGAAGACAUUCACAAUAUUGUAUUCUUUUUAUGAAUUAAGUAGUGUAUGGUAGGUAAUUAUGUAGGUAGCAGAAUAACAUUUUUUUUUUCAUCACUUAAAGUAACCUCCUCUUUUAUUUCUAUUAUUUUCAGGAGUAGGGAUUAGCAUGUCUUUAGGGUUAGAUUAAGUAUUAAUUUCUUGGUCCAAUUUUCUUCACGUUUAUGUUAAGCGCUUAGAGGUCUGUAUAAGUAGUCUUAGUAAGUCUAAAUUGUUUGCUUCAGAGGUUCUCUCCCUAUUAAGCCAUUAUCUAGGCCAGGGGAUGGGCAUAAAAAUGGGUAGGAGUGCCAAACUGUAUCUUUAAUAUCAUGUCGAUGGCCGCAAGCAAACUUGUCGUGAAAAUCAUAAAAAUUUUACAUUUAAUUUGUUUGCAAAUACCUUCAUACACUGUUUUUUUGACUGCUUUAUGCUAUGUUUUAAUGUUAUGUUUUACAGAUGUCCAAUGUCUGUAUUAACAAGAAGGGGUUUUAUUAGCCAAUGAUGUUAGGUGGGCCACACACAUAGGAAUUGUAAUUCUUUCAAGGGCCACAACAAAAUUAACUUCAGCCCUCAUUUUGCCCACCUGACAAAAUGUUUCAGACAGUAUACUGUAUAAGUAAACUAAUGUUAAAAUAUUGCACUCUUCAAUCGGAGAUUCACUUGAGCAGCAGGGCAUUUGUGGAAACAAAAAUUGACUAUGUUUGUAAUCAAAAGAAAGAGUACUUUCUCCUAUCUACAAAUUUCUCCACUCCUUGAAUAAUUCCCUGCUGGCAUCAUAAUGACAGAGCUAAACAAUUAUAUGGGUAAUCUUGAUUAGUAUAGUUUCAAUUGAUCAAAGUAAAGUACUUAAGCCUAUUCAAUAAAUUUAAAUUUACUGGCUGCUUCUUAUGGAGUAUUGAACAAGGAAUAUAAUAGUUGCUUUAACCUCCUAUUAGAUGGUAAUCAUUGGUAGAGAUUGUUUAAAGGAUGAGGGACAUUAGCAACCAUACCCAAGGAGCAGAGCUAAAUACAGUUGAAUGAAAACAUAUUUUUGUCACUAUUUAAGAUAUACAUUAGAAAUAUCAUUCCUGUAUUUUAGCAUUUACUCUUACCUUGCUGGGGUCAAUUUAGAUUUCUUGCAGUAAAAGUAACAAUGAUAAUAUAUUGUAAAUUAAAGCAUUGUAAAUGCUUUAAUUGAAUAUUUGAUUGUUAUUUUUCCUAAAAUUCGAGACCUAUCUUCAUUAUGAAGAAAUGAUGUUUAUUGUAAUGCAUAUACUCAGAGAAUGAGGCUAAACUAUUUAUUAUAUAGCAAUAUAAAUUAGAUGUUACUGUUAUUGUGUUGAUAUUAACAUAUACUACCAUAUAAUGUGUAUUUAGUUAUUGAUUUGCUUCAGUAAUUAUUGUAAUAUGUACACUAAUUUCACAUGUGGAUAAACAAUGCAAAACUGAAAUAUUUUUGAUUGGUAGUGCUUUGCUUGAAUUUAUGGAAUAAGCUUAUUGUUGUAAUAACAAGAGUGUUUUAAGAUAAGAUUUCAAUUAUAACAACACUUUCAAGUUAAUGAAAUUGACUUUUAGGUAAUAUGGUUGUUAAUCUUUGGAAACAAACCAGUGACUUUUAGGUAAUUAUUUUGAUUUAUUUUUAGAUAUGUUUACACAAACAAAACAAAAGACAUUGUAUAUGUUAACUCACCGUUAACAGUGAAUACUAUACUUGUUUACACAGAAUUUUUUUCUUGAAUUUCAACUCUAACAUUAAAGGAAAUUCACAUUGAAGUUUUAGCUGGUAAAAUUAUGCACAAUUGUUGGUAUAAUAAAGAGCGUCGUUUAUUCAAUUGUCAGUGUUUUUUUUUUUUGCAUUUCAUAUUAUGUAUUUGAUGUGAUUAAAUUUUUGAACCAUGGUGGUGCAAAGUUUAUAU